GAAGAGGAAGAGGAAGAGGAAGAAGGGGAGAAAGAAGGGAUUCGGCGCGUCAAGGAAGAGGAGAAGAGGACUGGGCGCGAGGGGGGAGAAGUGUGUGGCCGUUCCCGUUCGCGUGAUCGACUUCUGACUCCGAGCUGCAAGCUACUGCAAAAUGGAGGUUCAAAUGCUUGCAUCUGAUACCAAAACUGAGAAUGGAUCUUGGCCGCCAAAGCCAACAUUUGAGCCUUUGAAGGCUCAUGAAAUGUCUGAUGGUCGAGUUCAAUUUAGGAAGGUGCCUGUUCCACCUCAUCGUUAUUCACCUCUCAAGAAGGCAUGGAUGGAUAUCUAUACCCCAGUAUAUGAGCAGAUGAAGGUUGACAUCCGUAUGAAUCUCAAGGCUCGGAAGGUUGAACUGAAGACUAGAUCUGACACACCAGAUGUAAGUAACCUUCAGAAGUGUGCAGAUUUCGUGCAUGCCUUUAUGUUAGGGUUUGAUGUUAUUGAUGCAAUUGCUCUCUUGCGGUUGGAUGAGCUAUAUGUGGAAUCUUUUGAGAUCAAGGAUGUUAAAACGCUUAGAGGCGAGCAUUUAUCUCGUGCCAUUGGGAGAUUGUCAGGUAAAGGAGGUAAAACAAAGUUUGCUAUAGAAAAUGCUACAAAGACAAGGAUUGUGAUUGCAGACACCAAGAUUCACAUAUUAGGAUCUUUUGCCAAUAUAAAAAUUGCUAGGGAUUCGCUUUGCAGCCUCAUUUUAGGGUCCCCUGCUGGUAAGGUAUAUUCUAAGCUUAGAGCAGUUACUGCUAGACUAGCAGAAAGGUUUUGAGGAUUCUUUUUUUUUUUUUUGUACUCGACUAAUGGCUUUUGUUAGUUAAAAUAUGCCUUGAGUGCGAAAAUGUCGCCUGAUGGCUAGUUUUUCUUCUGUUAGCCGUCUAAAACUACCAUCACAAAGAUAUCAUUGUAUGCAUUUUGCUACCUUAUUUACAAUCAGUAAUUCAGUAGAUUGGUUUUCUUGUGUAUU